UGAUCUCAUAGUGUUUUGAGUUUGGUACACAUGUUCUAAGAACUUCCGCUCAAAAGCUUCCCAGAAACUGGAUCAAAGCACCCCUUAGUUCACGUACUCUGAGGGCAAGCUGUAUUUCCGGCUGACGUCUGUGGAGAUCGAAAGAGGAGACAGCAUUGCAGGAUAAGGUAGCUGCCAAGAUGCUCCAUUUGCGAAGUUCACAGAUGCUGCAAAUGUUGGAGAAGUCCUUAAGGAAACACCUUCCCGAGUCCUUAAAGGUUUAUGGGACUGUCUUCCACAUGAAUCAGGGAAACCCAUUCAAGCUCAAGGCUCUGGUGGACAAGUGGCCCGAUUUUAACACAGUGAUUGUCCGUCCUCAGGAGCAGGAGAUGACAGAUGACUUUGAUCCCCAUGUCAACACUUACCAGAUCUAUUCUAAGGAUCCUAAGAACUGUUUGGAGUGCCUUGGCACACCAGAGGCCAUCAACUGGAAACAACAUCUGCAGGUUCAAAGUUCACAAUCCAGCCUGAAUGAAGCAAUAAUGGGCAUUACAGCUGCUAAGCUGGUCAAAGUCAAGAGAACACAAUGUAUUCUUUACAUUAUGCCCCAGACAGCAAAGAAACUGGUUCCUUUCCUGAUGGAGGACACAGAGAAUUUACAUCAUCAAUCUGGCAGACCCCGGGCCAUCAACCACGAGAUGUUUAAACUCUCAUCCCUGGAUGUCACCCAUGCUGCUUUGGUGGAUAAAUUCUGGCAUUUUGGUGGCAAUGAGAAGAGCCAGAGAUUCAUUGAGCGCUGUAUCCAGACCUUUCCUAGCUCAUGUCUCCUGGGACCUGAAGGGAGCCCUGUCUCCUGGGCUCUGAUGGACCAAACUGGAGAAAUGCGAAUGGCAGGCACUGUGCCUGAUUACCGGGCACAAGGUCUCAUCUCCCACAUCAUUCAUACACAGACUCUGGUUAUGGAAGACCGUGGCUACCCUGUGUAUAAUCACAUGGACAGAGCCAACAAACUCAUGCAGAAAAUGAGCCAUACUCUGCAGCACGUCCCUAUGCCCUGUGACUGGAAUCAGUGGAAUUGUGUGCCUCUGUAACUCAGGUGCUGAACAUGUGGCUGUGUUGGAUAAGCAACAAUAAAGCUGGAGGGGAGAAUGGUGCACA